AUGACAGAUACCUCCUCCCUCGCCAUCACGCACGCCACAACGGAUUCCUAUCCGGUCCACGCCCAUCGCGGGUCCCCUGCUGCCGUCGACGGCGCCGCUUCUGACUCCGGCGCACCCGAUGAAGAACCUUACACCAUCAAAUGCAUUUGUUCGUUCGAUGAAGAUGAUGGCAACACGGUUUUCUGCGAAGGGUGCGAGACAUGGCAGCACAUUCUCUGCUACUAUCCGGAUAAGAGAGUACCGGAUGUGCACAACUGUGUCGACUGCGAGCCACGGCCCCUUGAUAACCGUCGUGCCCACGAACGACAACGGCUGCGGCGGAUUCGAGAGAAAAGCGAGGACGGUGACCGGAAAUCAAGACGAUCUGGCCCCAAAUCACAAAAGAGAAAGUCCAAUGAUGCCGAUGUGAAUGCCUUUGGUCAUAGACGACAUGAUUCUAGUUCACGUGAGCAACCACCAUCCAAGAAAGCAAAGGUGUCUCGCCGCCCAUCGACUUCGAUGAGUGGUAUUUCGGUUCCCCCGGGUCUCUCGGCUGAACCGCGAAACCGUCGAUCCUCCACCUCCGCUGCGAUGAGCCCAACAAGCAUCCCUGGCCCUUCUAUCCCUUAUUAUUCGGACGAAUUCCUCUCUCUUUACGACCGCGAUGAUCAAUUUGUUGAAUCGAAGAGUAUUCUCAAUUACGGCGUGGAUUUUGUGAAUGAAAUUGUUGCGUGGCUAAAGGACCCACAAAUCUUAGCCCGAGUUUCUGAUGGACUCAGCGUUGAAGACUUUGCCAAACGGUCCGAAGAGGCCAUGGAUCGGUCUCGCUGGCCCUCAUUGACAACAGAAACCAUCACGGACUCGACAAUUGAGAUCGGUGGUAAGCACCCAGUUCACAAGAUCUUGAAAACACAAGAUCCAAUCAAAAAGGACGAUAUUGUCGGUGAAAUCUUUGGCAAAUUAGGCCACGUCAAAGACUACAAAAAGCUCGACAGCAACCGAUGGGAGGAAUUGGGGCAUGCCAUGCCUUUCGUGUUCUUCAACCGGCAGCUCGACUUGUACAUCGACAGUCGCCAGGAAGGAAACGAGCUCCGCUACGUCAGGCGGGCAUGUGAGGCCAACGUGAACUUGAAAAUUUACAUCACCAAUGGCCGGCAGUACCAUUUUUGUUUCGUCGCUAAAAAGCCAAUCCCUGCAAACUCGGAAAUUACCACCAUGUGGUAUUUCGACGACUCUUUCUUCAUGGCUGACGCGACAGUGAAGGAGGAGUUCAAGGACAGGGUGGUAGAUCCGAAGGACGCCGCUAUUUGCAUUAGCACCACAUUGGCCAACUUCGGUGGUUGUGCUUGUGGAAACCCUCAAGCUUGCGUACUGAACAAGCUUGAUCGUCGCGCCAAGCCCCCUGCGAACAAACACGCAAGGUCAAAGUUGAAGAGCAAGGGCAAGGGCAAGAAGCCAAAAACCCUCGGUCUUCCUGUUGACAUCGGUCGGGCCGGUAGCGAGAACACCAAGCAUCUUGAUGAGCAUGACCCCGCAGCCGACGCCCGAUCAACCUCUGGUUCUGCGCGUGGUCGCCAUACUGGCAGUCGCGAUCUCAGCCCCUCGGCGUCGCAUCAGCUAACAUUGCCAGAGCUCUCCAGUCGCGAAAGACGCAAGAUAGCGGACGCCGAAAAGCAGUUCCAACAACUGGAGCAGCUUAGAACUGGCAAUCCCAAAAGGAAAAAGCGUUCUAGUGGCCCUCUGACACAGUCCACCCCUGCAACAGUCUCGAGCUCAACCCAAACUGGUUACGACUUCAAACCUUACCACCAGCCUGGCGCGUCUCGAUCUUCUGAGAUGGCCGGACAAUCGUCCCGGCCUGAAGUUGCUUAUGUUGACGCUCAAACUGAACUUUAUGCCGGUGAUGUUGAACGCUCGUUCUUACAUGCAGAACGUCUGAGACGAGGAUACAGACUCGACAUGAUCCAUCCAACACUUAUGCUUAAGAUUCGGUGGUGCGCGGGACAUCACAUCGCAGAGGACUGGGCUCAGCGAAAUGCAUGGGAGGCCGGCGACUUGAGUGUCGUGCCACCUGGAGUCCUCCCCUGGUGGUACGGAUGGUUCCCGCUCCCAAUCGACGACAGGUCUCAUAUCGAGUUGCUCAAGGAAGAUUCCGACAGAAUGGGAAUACCCGCUGAUCACGGCCCUCUGGCGAUGCCCCCUCGGUGGUCUUUCCACCAGUCCAAAUAUCCCCAGCCUGAAUACAACUAUCAUGGGAUUGCGAUCAGAGGAAUGGAUUAUGACCCUCCAGCGCGACUUGUCCAAGGCGAUGUUGAUACUCGAGGUGCUCUCUCACACAAGCUGGAAUCAUCCGCGCCCGCGUCUAGCAGUGAUCUGUUCAAGCUGUCACUUCCGCCUUAUUGGCCAUCCACUGCGGCGCAUAUCUUUAGGGUUCCUGGGGCUGGCAAUCGUGGCAAUCUACAUGUUUCCAUGCCACCGCCAAGGGCCUCAAACCUCCCGUCAGCGCUUAGUCCUGGUUCCAUGUCGACAGGGAGUCUCGCAUCACCUAGUUCUCAUGGCACAGCUUCCCCAAUCUCUCUCGUGCCAUCUUCUGGUUCUGCACUCGCAGCCACCCCUGCCAAGAAGAAACUCAGCCUUGGUGAUUAUCUGAUUCGACGUGGCACAAUGGCGACCACACCAACUUCGGAACCAGCUCCUCCCCCAGCUCCUGGUCCUCCUUCUGGCGAUCCUCGCCUCCGCACCCAACAUUUCCUAGCCAUCACGACGGUUUUUGGUGAUAAUCAUCAACCUUCCCGCAAGACCGAAGCUGGAGGUGACAAGAACGAGCCGUCUGACUCUCUGGAUAUCUCCAUGGAGGACGCACCGGAUGCAACACCCACCAAAAACCCGUCUAUCUCUUCGUAA